UUUUCGCUGUCCCGCAAUAUUUAAUUAACUGCAGCGAACGGAUCAUUGCAGUUUUAGCCGUCACUCAAGUGAUACAAUUUACUAACGAAAUGCAGAAGGUUCCCCUGCUGCUGGUCGCCUUCCUGGCCGUGGUCGUGGCCCACUCGAAUCCGCAACCAAGACCCGGACUUUUGCGUGUGCCGCUCAAGAAAUUCCAGUCGGCCCGACGCCAUUUCGCCGACGUGGGCACAGAACUGCAGCAACUGCGCAUUAAAUACGGCGGAGGCGAUGUUCCGGAACCGUUGUCCAACUACAUGGACGCCCAGUACUACGGACCCAUCGCCAUCGGCUCGCCGCCGCAGAACUUCCGUGUGGUUUUCGACACCGGCUCCUCGAACCUGUGGGUGCCCUCCAAGAAGUGUCACCUGACCAACAUCGCCUGCUUGAUGCACAACAAGUACGAUGCCACCAAGUCGAAGACGUACUCCAAGGACGGCACCGAGUUCGCCAUCCACUACGGUUCGGGCAGCCUGUCCGGCUAUCUGUCCACGGAUACGGUUUCAAUUGCCGGCCUGGACAUCAAGAACCAGACCUUUGCCGAGGCACUGAGUGAGCCCGGACUCGUCUUCGUGGCCGCCAAGUUUGAUGGUAUCCUGGGCCUGGGCUACAGCUCCAUUUCCGUGGACAAGGUGAAGCCGCCGUUCUACGCCAUGUACGAGCAGGGCCUGAUUUCCGCACCGGUUUUCUCGUUCUACCUCAACCGCGAUCCCGCCUCGCCCGAGGGCGGUGAGAUCAUCUUCGGCGGCUCCGAUGCCAACCACUACACUGGCGAAUUUACCUAUCUGCCUGUUACCCGCAAGGCCUACUGGCAGAUCAAGAUGGAUUCGGCCUCCAUUGGCGACCUGCAGCUGUGCAAGGGCGGUUGCCAGGUGAUUGCCGAUACGGGUACCUCGCUGAUCGCUGCGCCCCUGGAGGAGGCCACCUCGAUAAACCAGAAGAUCGGCGGCACUCCCAUCAUUGGUGGACAGUACAUUGUUUCCUGCGACCUGAUCCCCAGUCUACCGAUAAUCAAGUUUGUGUUGGGCGGCAAGACCUUCGAGCUGGAGGGCAAGGACUACAUUCUCCGGGUGGCCCAAAUGGGGAAGACCAUUUGCCUGUCCGGCUUUAUGGGCAUGGACAUACCCCCGCCAAACGGACCUCUGUGGAUCCUGGGCGAUGUUUUCAUUGGCAAGUACUACACCGAGUUCGACAUGGGCAACGAUCGUGUGGGCUUCGCCGAUGCCAAGUAAUCGAACAAAGAGAAAUAUACUUAAAACUCGUAUUGUAAACACUAUCGAUCCAAUUGGAACUUUCUCCGAAGAACCUACGGAAUAAAUAUGUAUUAGAUUA